AUGAAGAAAGCAGCUAGUAUUGCACUCUGCUUGGCAGUGGUGGUUCUGUUGCUAGGUGAAUUGCACGAGACAGAGGCGGUUAAUUGCAGUCCACUGGAGCUGAGUUCAUGCGCCGAAGCGAUAAUGAUGUCGCUGCCUCCCUCGGGUGCCUGUUGCAGUAAGCUGAAGGAGCAGGAGCCUUGCCUUUGUGGGUAUAUAAAAGAUCCAAGCCUGAGUCAACAGAAAUACGCUGGUUCUAAGGAUCACUUGGAUGGAAUUCAAGGCCCUGGAAAAUGCAAUGCAAGUGUAGUGGUUCCAGUACUUGUGAAUGCUGGGGAUGGAUAUGGAGCUAGAGGAUUCGUGAAUUCUACAAAGUUGGAUCGAGGCAUCCAGCAGCGUUUUGAGAUCAGAAGGAAGAUGGACGACAAAGAUUGCAAUGAAUGCAUUGAAUCGUAG